AACGACGGAUCAAGACCGAUGAUUUUCUGUAUUUCAUGGAAUGCUGCAGAAAUUACGGAAUCAAGUUGCAAACACAGAAUGUGUCAAGGAUUGCACGGCAUUGUUGUAGAAAGUAGAGACAUG